ACACAUGCCUACUUUUGCAUGGACAUUGCGAAAUUCAUUGGUUCAAUCUCUGCCAUUUAUGUCUGUAUGUAUUAGCAACUAUUUUAAGUUCCGAGAACUGAGAACAAUGCUGAUUUACCACAUCGACUGCAGACACACGUAUCUACAUACCAUACAUUAACAUACAUGAAAUACAACUAUGAUGACGAUACUGAGACCAGCAGUAAGUCAGUAAGAGAAAGUACGGCAACAGCUUUGGUUGAUUUAAUUGCUUAAAUAAUUUCGGUUGUAUACGAAUAAACCAAUGCGAUUGGAUCAAAUAAAAUGAGUAAAAAAUGUGAUAAAUUAAUUGUGUAUUCCAAAAGUUUGGUUAUUCUAAUUCAAAUACAUUCGAAAAAAUGAAUAAAAACCAAAAAGUAUCACAUAACUACUGUAAACUAUUAUUUUCUCAUGGAAAAUGAAAAAGUAUACAUAUACUUUAUUCAAAACACGUGCUACGUCUGCUGUUAUUAAAAAAUUAGUAAGUGUACUAUAUAAUAUCUAGUAACUCAGGAUCUAUAAAAAGUGUUUUUCGAAAAUAUUGAAACUGACAGCCUACUUCAUAUUUAAAAUAUGUAGAGGUAAUAAAUUACCCUAAUACCGAAAAAAUAUAGCAAAUAAAUGAAAUAUUAAAAUAUACAUGAAUAUAAAUAUUACUGUGUAAAGAAAAAUAUCUUUCAUGUGCUGCUAAGUUUAAAUUGACUACCAAAACUGGAGUUCAGAAUAAUGCCUUUAUAUUUAUGUAACCGCUUUACCAAACAUCUAAUCAGAAGGGUAUCAACGAAAUCAUCUACAGUUUUUAAAAUAUUGUGAACAAAACGAUAAGAAUACUACAUUCUUUGUGAUCUAAGGAAGGAUUUAUACGAACAGUAUAUACAUAUUUAUAUGACAAAAUUGUCUAAUGGAUAUAUUGUGGAUAAAGCCAAUGGGGAUAAAUUUAAGUUUUCAACGUAAUUUAAGGGAAAGUGAAAAUAGAAAUAUAAUUUUAUUGAAACUAGAAGGCUGAAAUUUUAGGAUUCUUUGUAUACAAAGGCAGAUCACGAUAAUAUGAAGUGAAAUCUUUACGAACGUGGUAUAUAGGACACAGUCAACACAACCAAAUAAAGCUGAAUACAUGAGACUGACUAUAACAUUAAGUUUUGAAAAUAGUCUAAGUAGUGUCUAAGACGGUUAAAGCUAAAAUAUAUAAAAAAAAAACGAAUAGUGUUUAAAGAAAAACAAUAGAGGCCAAGCCAAUAUUUUACCAUAUUCUCUGCCUGGGAUUUUAUUUGCAUAAUCUCUUUAUAUGCAUUGAAAUAUCCUGCGUUUUCGUAAUAAAAUUACAACAUACACAAUGCUUAAGAGAUUUAAAUAUAUUGACGCAACUGCUGGACUAGUUAACGCGAAUAAUCAAGCAUCAACAGAAACUGGGUCCUCUUCUGAUAAAAGCAUUUCAGCUAAGAGUAAUUUUUCAUAUAUAAAAUUGAUAAAAGCAGAGCCUCUUGAUUUAGAAAUGGCAUAUGUGGAAUCAAACGAUUCAAAAGAAUGUCGUUUCGAAAAUAUAUCCCAAACUAAUUUAAUGAAAAAAUCAAAAGUAAAUGAAACUGUACUGAAGCCCUCAAUAGCACCUUCAGUGAAUUACCAACAUGUGCAGAUACAAACUGUCCAACCAAGGCAACCGGGAGUAAAUUUACUUAAUAAUACUAAUGCUAUGCAAAAAGUUACAUUGGCCCCACGUUUGGAGGUGGUUAAUAGAUCUACGUCUAACGAUGGGGGAAGUGAUAUUGGAAAUAUCAUAAGGCAAGCUUAUUCCCAACAGCAUAUUUCCAGAGACCAAUCUCAGCCUUCACAUUCUUUUCUUACAAGUGCGCGGAUAGAACAACGAGUCUUACAACGCCAACAAUCGGAUUCCAUAGCUAGUCCGCAAAUUAUAAUUUCUCGACAACCAUUAAAUGUUAUGUCUAAUACUCCUAUACAGCGUCGUCAUUCUGCAAGCCCUUCCCAUUGUGAAGGAAGUUCCUCUUUUGCCAGUUUAAGUAAUAAUUCGGAUUGUAUAUCUUCUUCUCCACCUCCAUCUCUACGGACUUUACAACAAUAUUCAUCAAAUCGUUCGCCGCAACCAUCACCACCACCGUUGUCCUUACAACAUCAUGUACGGGUUAUACGAGAUGGUCGGUUAUAUGAAGAAGUUGCCUCAAGACCAGUUCACUCUUCUCGACAAUCCGAUUCUCCCCCUCCGUUGUUACACCAUCACCAGUCUCGUUCUGCUCCCGUUUCUCCAGUUGUACCUCGUCGAUAUUCUAUUUCACCACAAGAUACACCGACAUCAUCUGUAUUUCAACAACAAACUAUUGAAAAGCAUCAAGGACAUACACAAGUCGUCGUUAAUAAUAACAAACACGAAAUGCAUAUAUCGGAUCCUUUAGGACACUAUCAAAGAAAGAAAAUUAUCUCUCCACCUCUUCCAUCUUCCACAUCUCUUCAUACAUCGGUUAUUGCAACGGAUCCAUCAUCAACCCAAGUUUUGAUCGAAAGUCCUCCUACAACACUAAGUAAUUCGCAAUCGCACCGGUAUGCACUUUCAUCAUCAACACGAAAAUAUAUCGUUACCACUCAUACACCGCAAUCGAGCUCAAUACCAACAAGCAUUCUACGACAACAACAUGUUAAAUUUGUUCAACACAAGCACCAAAUUCCCCAAUAUCAAGAAGAUGGAAAUACUUCGUUACAAUUGACAGCUGCCACAUCUUCUUCAACAUCAACGGCGACUCAAAAUUUUCGUUUACCUGUUGUUACUAGUAGCAGUAGAUGCACAGUUGGAAACAACGACCAACAAUUCCAUAGCCACACUAACACUGCCAUGCGUCCGCCUCCACCACCACCUCCAAAGAUCAAAAACACAUGCUCUUCUAUCACUUUACCCACUAGCAACAAUGGGGGAACUUCCACUAGCGAGGAGCCAUCCAGCUCAAUUCCAGAUUUAG